GUUCGACCAAGGAAGCGAAGGACGACGCGCGAAUGUAACGAUGACAUGCGGAGAAGCGAAUGGGGGCAUGGGGAUUGUUUAUGGCCCACGUAAUUAGAUACUGUGGCUGAUGUCUUUGAGCUGGUCGUUCACUUCUAAUUAAUACAACCUCUGAAUGAUCAAAAGAAAUGCAAGUUAAAUUUGCAAGUUGUACUCCUAGUCGUCGAGUAGAACAAGUAGAUCAAAGCAGGUGCUCGUUCCCGACAUCCUUCCUUUCAUAUCCCAGAGAAGCCAGCGCAUGUGUACAAUAUUUGGUUGCAUAGCCCUUUACUGUGCUCACCAAAGCAAACCGAAGCUCGUGCCUUGGAGCGAUAUGUUGGGGUUCACCACCAGGUAUUCUUUCUUAUUAUUUGAUUGAUUUUAUAUAUCGGAGCGUGCGCGUAGGUCUAGGUCAGCGUGAAUAUUAUGAGAGAAUGCUGACACGCGUUAUCGCUAUGAAAUACAAAGUCUCCAAGUAGUACGGCAUCGUGUUUAUUCAUCAUUAUCUCUUUCUGUCCCCAUUGCACUGUUUCAGGACCAGAGUGGCGCAAUGAAUACGCAAUUCGAAGGAGCAGAGUUCGAGUCUCUAGAUGCUGCUCUAGCUUUCUUAGACAGAUGGUGGAGAGAGGAAGGCGGUAUCAGUCACGAGGAGCAACAGGAGAUCAAAAAGAUCGUGAGAAGACGCGAGAAAAGCCGUAGCACUGCUGACGACACAAGAACAAGUACAACUGAUGACACAACUGCAGAUCGUCAUGUUAAGGCUGCUAAGGGGCUCGUUUGUCAUCAUUUUCAUGGUGAAUUGCACAAGGUGAAUUCUAGACUACAAGGGGAAUUGCGUAGGUCCUAAGAUGUGAAUUUAUCUUGAGCUGCGACUCUAAUUAUCAUGGCACUAGGACAUCUUCAAGCAAAGCAAGUUCUUGGAUACAAGAAGUAUUCAAAAACAGCACCCUGGGUUACUCUCUGACCGCUAUUCUGGGAAGCAUAGAGACGGUUUUCGAAUUUGGGUGGAAUUUAGUGCGAGACGGUGUUGAGUGGUUAACUAGUGAACUUUUCUCGCUCUUUGAAAAUACCAUUUUCGAAGCUCGAGUGAGUUGGCGGAGAGUUCAAUGGAUCCUCAGUGGAGCGGAGGGGCCGCUCCUUUUGCCGGAAAAGCCUGGAAAGAGCGGUACUGGAAGUGAAAGUGAUGUCAGGAGCAAGGAAGCAAACAAGAAUGCUGGCGGUACUGAAAGUGCAAGCACAAAGAGUGAGUCGACGCAUGGUGGCGCGUCAAGUCCAGACUCAUUAACUUCAGCUUCGACAAGUAUGAGGGGGAGGUAGUUCUUCUGUUUCAUCAUUCAUCUUCUGUAUUUCGCGUAGGCAGCAGUUGCAGUGAGAUGUUCUUGAGCUCCCUACUUGGUCUCACUCAGGAGUCGAGAAUAAAGGGAAAAAAUACAGGAGGUGAUCUUGCUGGCUUGAUAAUUCACAAUCAAGCCACCAAGAUAUGGAUGAUUGGUGAAAAACCGCACCAAACUUCUCCACCACCUUCACGCUCUUCUUGAAGAUGUGGAUGAUUGACGAAACCCCUAAGGGACCAAAGAAGAUAGGCAUAUGAUGAAGACCAGCACUAACGGAGCAUCUAAUACACAUGCAGCAGCCUUCUCGAUUCGCGCAGCUGUGAAGAGAACACUAGGUGAAGGCUUGCUUUUAUCGUCAUUGCUUUUCGGCAACUACGGAAAAUGCCUCAUCGCAAACCAUGGCUGGUGGCAGUAUGAGUUUUGCUAUCCGCACGCCUUCCGCCAAUACCAUAGGACUGACCUCCAAGGAGGAACGAUUAUGAUGAAUUUUGUCUUUCAACAGGUCCGAGUACAACUACAAGUACCGGACAACUAGGUGGAGACCUUUGAUAAUGUAACAGACACCAAAGUAGAAAUUACUUUUCUUGUCCCGCCCCUCUCUUUCUUCAUUAUAGUGCAAGUGACCCUUUUCUUUCUUCAUAAUCUUCCUCCUUUCUGUCUUUUUUCUAGUUAGGUCGGCUCCACCACAAUUUUACUUUGAUAACAUAACAUUAACACCAAAGAAAUUACUUUUCUUCAUAAUGCAUAUAACACCAAUCAAAGAAAUUAUUUUCUUUACUUUUCUUCAUAAUGCAAGUAACCGCAGAUCCCGCCUAUUCACUCGGGUACUCAGUGGGAAUCGCUGGCGUUCGUGGCCUUGUGCAUCCUCUGCGCAAGGAGCUGCAAUUGCGCGUCUCUGCGCUGGGGAAAGCUGUGUUGGGAGCAGAGCGCUGGGUGAAAUUCUUAGCAGAUCAAGAGAACGGAGGAAAGGAUUUGGUUUAUGGCUUGGGAACCACCCUAAACCCUAACCCUAACCCUAGCCGUUCCAAAUAAUUUGUUUCUUUCAUUUGGGCACAGAGAGAGAGUGUGAUGAAAAUCUACCAAACAAUCUACUGCUCCAAGAAAUUAUACUUCAUUUCUAAUAUUUACCACCCGAAGAACAAGAAGUACUACAUCAAGAAACCACAUCUUCAAGGAAACAACAGUCUCAACCUGCUCAUCAAAAACCUGGUGGAACUACAACAAGUAGUGGAAAGACUAAGCACAAUUACGUCAACAAGAUUCGCAGUGGAGUGAAAUCCAGAGUGCGCUUGAGCGAGAAGAAAAAAGAAAAACACUUACGGCGCAUGCGUGCUGAAGAUUGGCUCAAACACGUCGAUCACGGUCACGGUGGAGAUGGUUCGGCCUUUUCUAAUGGUGGACGUGGAGGUGUUGGGGACAGUGUUGGAGCAAUAGGAUUUAUGAUGCAUUACUAGGUGUCCGGUUUCGAUGUUGUGACGCCUCAAAUUUUCAUCAUGCUGCUAUUAAGUGUCCGCCAACUACAUGCUGCUAUUAAGUGUCCGUCUAUUCAUCUACAUAGUUGGGCGUUGUUCUUGUUCAGGGUUCAUGCCAUCUAUUCUGAACUACGCGGUGUACUAGAUUGAAGCUGGAAAAUCGCAAUGAAAAAUCGCAAUGACCUUGAUAUCGAAGCUGCUUUCUUCAUAUUCACCAGAAUCCCUCCACCGAGACACGAACAUGACACAGCCCAGUGGUCAGCGUUUCUGCGGCGAAAACAAGCUGAACUAGAAGAAUAUGCCAGCGCCGACGCUACGCAGGUCAUAACAAAACUCAAAGUGCUUCGAACUUUGCUUCUUGCUCUGGGCUUUUCAGUGACCGACCUACACGUGUAUCUAGGAAGUAGGGCCACUAGUACAUGGAGUGGAACAAGUACUUCACAACAUGAACAUUUUGUAGAACAAGGAGAAGAGGUAGCAGAUGGUGGAAAUAGUAGCAGCAAAACUCCAGGGGCCAGCACCAGAAGAUUCGGUUUGAGUGUAACAGGCGAAGACUCUGAGUCCGCAGAUGGAACAUCUUCAACUGCAACCUAUUACGAUGUACGCAAUAGUCAAUUAGUAGAGUUUUUUCAUGAUAAGCAGUGGCAUGCAGGAAGACUGCUGAAUGUGAACCCACUAAAACAGACUCUUUUGGCGAGUCGUGGACAGCAAAGCCAAGAAGAAAAGGCGUGGUGGGAAGUAGCCAACAUCGCUACCACGGAUAUGAGUUAUGGAAAGUGCAACGGGAAGCGUCGAUUGGGUAUUGGAAAGGUCAAGGACUAUAUCAUCUUUUUCUAUUUCUACUUUCUUAAGGUUGUCUUUUCUAUUUCUACUUAUGGUUGUCGAAGGUGGAUCAUCUCUGUGAGGCCUCACGCAGGUUCCUCCCUACAGAAUGCUUGCAUAGGUGGAAGUCCCUAUGUAGAAGCAAUAACAUGAACAUGAAGUAACAAGCCUAGUAGCGGCGCAGUUGCGUUCUAGAAUAUCGAAGGUGGAUCAUCUCCUGAAGUAACAAGCCUAGUAGCGGCGCAGUUGCGUUCUAGAAUAUUCACACCCUCCUGAAGUAACAAGCCUAGUAGCGGCAUCUCUAGAAUAUUCACACCCUCCUGCUCUCCAUUCUAGAAUAUUCACACCCUCCUGCUCUCCAUUCUAGAAUAUUCACACCCUCCUGCACCCUCAUGAUCUUCCCAUUGUGCAGCAUGCUCUAACGUGAAUUUGCACCAGUCCAUUUAUCCGAUCAUCUUCGAGCUUUGCACGUCCCUCUGCUACGCAUAGUGCCUUUUCCCAAAAACUUACUACUCGGGCUACAAGUUCAGAACCAUUUGCCGGCAGGUUAUGAGUAGGCAUCUUCUUCAUCGAAUAUUUACUACGUUGUAUCGAUCAUGUUGUACGACACUGCAGUGGGUGUUCAGACCCAUCCCGCUGUGUAGUAAGUGCACCAGUGCAACAUACAGUGCUGCAAAAUCCGAUAUUUCUUUCUACACCUGUGCAGCGACUCUAUCUGGUCUAAGUUUGAUCUUCUCCGUCGUCCGGCUCAGCAGGUGGAGAUGCUGGUGGCGUUCUCUCCUCUCUGAGACGUAGGGCAGAGCGUGCGCGAAGACGUCUCCGCAGUUUAGCCGAGAACAAAAAUGGGAUGGCGCUUCUAGAACUCGAUGAUGAGGAAGAUGACGGAACCUUCGAUCAUAUGGCAAUCGUUAUAUUGGCGUGUAAAAGUACCUAGAAUUGAAAUUGGUAUUAACCAAAAGAUCACAAAGAUAAACAUACAUGACCAAGAAGAUCGUCAGGACUCGACGAACAUUAUUCAAUUUCGAUUAUUGUGAAAACGAAAAAGUUGAGAACUACCUUGCUGAUACUUGUUCACCUAAGAUUAAGUGCAUAAGAUAAAUUAAUCAAGAUAAGACUCGUAGUUGUCGUCUUUUUUGAAUUUUUUCGUCCUUCAUCCUUCGGGAAACAGGCGUUUCCGACAAUGGUCCAUUAUCUCUUGAGGAAGUGAAACGCUCUGUCGCGGCUUGGCAUGAUGCAGAGGAUUUGCACGCCGUGUGGCUACGCUUGCAGGAUGGAACGUCAUGCGACGAGACCCAAAGACCCAGGACCACAGAAGUUUUUAUUUUGUGCUUAUGGAGGAAAAGGUAGAAGAGGAAUGGAAUAGAGAAUGGAGGAAAAGGUAGAAGAGGAAUGGAAUACAUAGAGAAUGGAAUUAUAGACUAAGCCCACUAAUGCUCGGGAUCAUAUGAGUGACUGGAUGAACGGAAUUGGAGGAGUAGAGUAGAGAGUGAGGAGCACUUACUUAUAAGUACUUACAUCAUGAUGAUUAAAUUUUCUGUACCAGUCGGGGCAGUGAUAGUUUGUCGUGACCACUGUGUACUACUAGCAGCAACAGGGGACAACUCGGACAACAACAUCUACCAUCUUAUACGUAGACAACAACAACAACAUCAUCGGACAACAGCAACAUCUGCCUUCGCAAGUGGAUUCAUCUAAUCCCUCCGCCAGACCCGCAAGAUUCCGAGUCCUCGGGGGAGUCAGGAGAUGGCGACGACGAUGACGGAAGUGACGACAGAAGUAACAACGAUGAAGAUGGUGAAGAAGUUACGGAGAGUGUACUAUGUCUAUGUGAGCGUAUCCUGCUGUACUAGUGCUGAAAUCUUCAUGUUCUUGUUCUUCACCAUCUUUUUAUACGUCAUCAUCUACUUGUUCUAUAGCUAGUACCACUUGAAUUCCUAAAGCAAAUAGAAAUAGCUGCGGGGUAGUAGCAGACUUAAAAGACGGGCUCACGAGAGCGAGGCCCUGUGCCUCUGUCUAAAAAGUGUAAUCGACGUCGUGAGGACAGGACGUAUCUGGACCAGUUGGGAAAGUGGGAAAAAGCAACAAAGAGAGGCGACAGCGUAUUAUGGUCAUCAUUCAUGUUGAUUUAGUGUCUCUCGGCAUUUUCAUAUCCCCUUUUGCCCUGUGAUAUUCUCCUGAAAUUAUACUGGGGGAAAGGGGUCCGGUCGAGCAGAUGAGGGGACCAAGAUCAUGGAUGGCAGCUGGGUCUAAACGUAUUCGGAGGGGAGUCCACAGGGGAAGAACGGAUCGGAGUGGAGGUGUCAGGUGGGCAGAUAGUUUUCGACGAUGAGGCGGACAUACGAGCCACGAAUGUGCAAGUAGCUGGCUAUGAUGAUUAAGGGUAGAAGGUUGAUAAAUUAUAUGGCUUGGGAGUUGACCUAUCAUCUAAGAGCGUCUCUUCUAUGUCUUUUUCAAGUAGGAAAGCCACAGAUUUGCGAGCUAGAGAUGUCAACUUUCAACCCCUAAAUAAAGGCGCUUUUGUAGUUGCCCCCGUUUGUUCUUAUGGCUCUAAACAAAGGGGGACAGUGAUAGAAUAAACGGGAAAAAAAACGAACACCAAAAUAAAACCCACCUCUAAGAUGAAGAUGAGGAAGCUUUCGUUGAUGUUGACGAUGAAGAAGCUGGAGCCGACUCUGACGAUGAGGCACUUGACGCUGGAGGAAACAACACUUCAGCCAGAGGAGAAUUGCACGAGAUAGCGCAAGAGAUGAAACUACGAGAUCGGUCAGGCAAUAACAAACUAGAACUAGUACAAACUAGAACUACAGGCCAGAAGAUGCUGCGCGUUUUCCAGAAGAAGCAAAGGUACUUUUCCUCACCUCUAGUCGGGUCAGAGGGCUUGGUGACCAGGAUACCUCGCUCCUUGCGGCACGAUGUUGACCAAUCUGCACUACCAGAGGACGAGUUUGAAGAUGCGAUGGAGGAAGCUGAAGAAUUGCUUCGAGAACAGCAGUUAGGAUGAGGAGUUUGAGAAGAUCAUUAUAGAUAAUAUAAAUAUUUUUAAGGGUAUUUGGAAGUUGACCUAUCAUCUAAGAGCAUCUCUAUAUUAGCUUCUUCAAGCAGGAAAGGCAUAGAUAUGCGAGCAACUCUCAACUUCUAGGAAUGAGUGAAUAUCUUGAUAAAACCUACUUACAGUGAUAGAAAACCCAACACCCUCUCCUGCCGGACAAGAUUUACACUUAAUCUCAUAGAAAACCUAACACCUCCUCCUCCCUGUCCUCCUCCGAGACGACCAGCUCUAAUUCUCUUGCAGAAUCAUGCCCAACAAGCAACGUCAUCAUCAAACAGCGACGAUGACGAGACUCUACUUUCGCAAGCACAUGACCGAGUCAGCUAUUGGGAUAGCCAGAGGGAGAACGACGCAAAGACACAUCAUAAAAAAGAACGCGCUAGCUUUUUUGACGCUUUUUCUUAUGGCUAUUUAUUCCCCAAAAGGAUUUCCAUAUCUGAAGAAGUAAAGACUUACAAAAAUCAUGGUCACUGACUCAAGGAUCAACAUGCGAGUCUAACUCUAUAUACGACAUCGUGUUCUUCGAUAUUUUUGGUAAAACUAAAGUAAAGAACUCAAAAGAGAUUCAGGGAAGUCGUAGGUCCAAUCCGAACCGACUAGCAUCAUCAUCAUCAUCAUCAUCAUCAUCUGAUUCCUCAUCAUCUGAUUCAUCAUCGUCAUCAUCAUCAUCAUCAUCAUCAUCAUCAUCAUCAUCAUCAUCAUCAAAGGUCUAACUUUCCAGAGGCAGCGGGCCUGCCAUGGCGGAUCUAGAAUUCGUAGGCCUUUCCGAAACAUUUUGCCACUACCGACUAGUCCUAGCAUCUCGAAGUAUCUGCCAACAUCCAAGACUAUCUCUGGUGAAAGCACCGAGCAUCCUUGAUGAAGACGAAGUUCUCGACGUGGCAGAAGAAGUUGGUGGCUCAACAAAAGAUGACGUACCUCAACUUCGUAGGCCAACUUGGCAGGUUGGCGAUGUCUCUCGCAGUGCCGCGACUACAGGCCUAAAGCGUCGCCGAAGCCUGAAGAUGGCAGCGCGCUGUACCAAGACACAAGACAAGCGCCUAAGAGGGCAGCAGCGAGGGAACGAGGAGGUGGAAGAGGAGUUAUAAUGAGUGUUUGUGUUGAGCAUUUUUUGGAAUUUGUACAUGACUUGUGUUUCUAGUAUAGAUACUCUCGCAGCGCAGAAUCUUCAGUAGGGUACACUGGGUGAAUCAUGUCCAUAUAGAGAGCGUGCCGCGCUGCGGGUCCGUGGUUUUGCUUCCUUGGUUACCGGGGAGGGAACGGGGAGAUGGAAGAGGAUUAUUGAAAAAAAAGUUGAACAUUUUUUGAAUUCGAUAUCAUGGACGUCGUUGUAGUUUGUUCAUAUUGUUUUUGUAGGUGGUAGUGGUCGUACAACUCGCAGUGGCAGCAAUUGUCUAAGGACAAGACAGAGUAGAGUCAUCAUUGUCGUGAUCGAUAUAGUUUGGUAUCGUCGUUGUACAGGUGAUAAAUACGAGAACAUCAUAGAAGCUAAACGCAAAGCUACUUUUCUGUGAGUCUAAAGCAAAGAAAAACAAAAAGAAGAUCAACGCUCGUUCAGAAUAUGAUAAAGAUAUGAUAAAGAGGAGCAAGGAAUUCAAGUGGCGUUUAUCGGUAUCGUCUAGCAAACAAGACAUGUAGUCCAGGGUUUAGGGAUCGAUGUCAUUGGGGCCGUCACGACAAUCAAGUUGGCAUUUUCAAAUGUAUAAAAGCAUUAUGUUGGCGAGGUUUCAGCACAAUGAGCGGCGACAGACUAAUAGAUUAUUUAUGACAACGACAAGAGCAUGCAGCCGGGUCGUCCCAAAUCGGGAUUUCGCAAGAUUUUUCUGUGAGAACAGGUGGGGUCAUUCAUUCAAGAAAAGUUUCUUGGAUUAUCCACUACCACCUCCAAGUCCAACGUAUGUUCUCAAUACUAUUAACGUGGCACUCGAAAACUCGAAAUAUCCGAGUAAGUAUGUUCUCAAUAGAUACAACUACA